AUGGACACUGAUCUCAGUUCCCAGGACAGGAAGGACCUGGACAAGUUCAUCAAAUUUUUUGCUUUAAAGACGGUACAAGUAAUUGUCCAGGCCCGACUUGGAGAGAAAAUCUGUACCCGAUCAUCAUCCUCCCCAACAGGCUCUGACUGGUUCAAUUUGGCAAUCAAAGAUAUACCAGAGGUUACUCAUGAAGCGAAGAAAGCCCUGGCAGGACAACUACCUGCUGUUGGACGGUCUAUGUGCGUGGAGAUUUCUCUCAAAACCUCAGAGGGGGACUCCAUGGAGCUGGAAAUUUGGUGUCUAGAAAUGAACGAAAAGUGUGACAAAGAAAUCAAAGUUUCAUACACUGUAUACAACCGGCUGUCUCUACUGCUGAAGUCUUUGCUUGCUAUAACCAGGGUAACUCCAGCCUACAGACUCUCCAGGAAACAAGGCCAUGAAUAUGUAAUCUUGUACAGGAUAUAUUUUGGUGAAGUGCAGCUGAGUGGCUUGGGAGAAGGUUUCCAGACAGUCCGUGUUGGGACAGUGGGUACCCCAGUGGGCACCAUCACUUUGUCUUGUGCCUACAGAAUCAACCUGGCUUUCAUGUCAACCAGGCAGUUUGAGAGGACCCCUCCUAUCAUGGGGAUUAUCAUUGAUCACUUUGUGGACCGUCCCUAUCCCAGCUCUUCACCCAUGCAUCCCUGCAAUUACAGAGCUGGUGAGGACAAUGGUGCAGUAUAUCCCUCAGUAGAAGAUUCCCAAGAAGUGUGUACCACGUCAUUUUCCACCUCUCCUCCGUCUCAGUGUGUUUUUACUGUCACAAAGGCACAUUUUCAGACCCCUCCUCCUGUGGUGACGGACACCUUGAAGGUCCCAGUGAUGGGACUGGCCUAUUCACAUCAACUUUCCAGCUCUCGUCUUUCCUAUCAGCCUGCUGCCCUGGGAGUUGGAUCAGCUGACAUUGGGUAUCCUGUACUCUUUGCUGGUGGCUUGAACGCUGCACACCCUCACCAGCUGAUUGGUCCGGGCAAAGAGGGGGGAGUUCCCCCGAUUCCCAGCCAGCCAACGCAUGGCGCUCAAGCUGACCAAGAGAGGAUGUGCACCCCGCUGGAUGGAGUCCCCUGCUCAGCAGCUACUCCUUCUAGUAGUGAGGACACAGAAACAGUAUCAAACAGCAGCGAAGGGAAAUGUGGCUCCCCACAUGACCUUUUGGAGACUAUCUUCAUCAGGAAGGUGGGAGCUUUUGUCAACAAACCCAUUAACCAGGUGACCAUGGCCAACUUAGACAUUCCUUUUGCCAUGUUUGCUCCCAAGAAUGUUGAGCUGGAAGAUAACGACCCCAUGGUCAAUCCUCCUGACUCCCCAGAAACCGAAUCUCCUCUCCAAGGCAGCUUACACUCGGAGGGCUCCAGUGGCAGCAGCACAGGGAACACCCAUGAUGACUUUGUUAUGAUUGACUUUAAACCAGCAUUUUCUAAGGAUGACAUUCUUCCAAUGGACCUGGGGACGUUUUACCGUGAGUUUCAGAACCCCCCUCAACUCAGCAGCCUCUCCAUUGACAUUGGAGCGCAGUCCAUGGCAGAGGACUUGGACUCGUUACCAGAGAAGCUGGCAGUCCAUGAGAAGAAUGUCAAAGAGUUUGAUGCCUUUGUAGAAACCUUGCAGUGAAGCUGUUUUCCAGUUUUGCUGCAGCAGUUCUUCCUUCUCAACACAUCCUGGAGAGUGACAUCAAGAAAUAUCACCCCUGUUCUGCCUUUGUCUCACUUUGACUCGUUCCAUCCAUCAGAUGAGCUUUCUCUGAUCGCUCUCUUUAACAGCAGAUACAGCUCAUCUGCUGAUUUUCCUCAGCUACACCACCACAUAGUUCUGGACUGCUUUUCCUGCUCACAGUCAGUUUUGAAUUUAAGACUUCAGUGGAGACACAAGAAGUCAAACUCCAAUGUAUGAAACUUAGUUUCUCCUCAGUCUCUGUUCUAUGGGGAGGGGCUUUGUGAAAAGUUGCCAUGUGCCCCAUCCAAAGGUCUUGUGGUGUAAGUUCCUUAAUUACAGCUUCGUGCUGACAGACGUUUUCCUACAGUCUCUGUUAGAGCAUAGAAAGCUUUGGUUCAUU